AUGUUUGAUGCAGAGGAGGAGCAUGACAGGCAUCACGAGGAGGAAGAGGAGGAGCAGGGUGAGGGAGAAGAACGCCCCAAAUACAAGCCGCUGGUCACUCAGCUUGCCGCCCCUAAAAUUCCUGAGGGAGAGAGAGUAGACUUCGAUGACAUCCACAGGAAGAGGAUGGAGAAGGAUCUUCUGGAGCUGCAGACUCUGAUUGAAGUUCACUUUGAUCAGAGGAAGAAAGAGGAAGAGGAGCUGAUUGGGCUCAAAGAGAGAAUUGAGAGUCGCAGGGCGGAAAGAGCAGAGCAGCAGCGCGUGAGGGCUGAAAAAGAGCGGGACAGACAGACAAGAAUUGCGGAGGAAAGACAGAGGAAGGAGGAUGAGGAGGCGAAGAAGAGGGCAGACGAUGAGGCCAAGAAGAAGAAGGUGCUCUCCAACAUGGGGGCUCACUUUGGAGGAUUCUUGGCUAAGGCAGAGCAGAGGAGAGGGAAGAAGCAAACAGGAAGGGAGAUAAAGAAGAAGACUCUGGCGGAGAGACGCAAGCCGCUGGCCAUUGACAACCUGAGAGAGGACGGCCUGAGAGAGCGAGCCAAGGAAAUGUGGGAAUGGAUCUACCAGCUGGAGUCAGAGAAAUUCGACUUGACUGAGAAGAUGAGGAGGCAGAAGUAUGAGAUCAACGUGCUCCUGAAUAGAAUUCAACAUGCACAGAAAUUCAAAAAAGGUCAUGGUAAUAAGGGCAAGGUGGGAGGACGCUGGAAGUGAGCGCACACACAGGAGGCACCAAGAAGCAAGAAGACAGUUUCAGUGGUUUCAGGAAAAUGUUGCAGCAGUGUUGCAGUGCUUGUCCCUCGAG